CCAGGGAAAUACUGACUAAUGCAGGAUUUGAGGGCAGUUAACGACCAAAUGAAACCUGAAAGCCUUACAACUGGGACUGCCAGAUCUGCGUGCUGCUAUGCAGCUGACCAUCACUUCUUCACUAUUGAGCUACAUCCACAAGACACAAUUAGGUUCGCAUCUACAUUGCCUGCACUGAAUAAAGAAAGAUCAUUACAUGGAGGAUGUUCUGUUUGCCCAAGAGCAGCYGCAUUCCAGCUCAAGUACAGGCUAUCUGUGAGGCGUUAAAGAUACAAAGGCUAAUAAUUGCUCCAGAGAAAACCCAGUUGUCAGCACCGUAGAAAUACCUGGGCUAGACAUUAAGAGACAGUAUUGUUACACCACAGAUACAUGACGAUCUUUAAGGAGCACAUCGACCGGCCUGCUGACGUUGUGCAGGCAUGAGAAAUGAAGAAGCAGUUGUACCUAAAAAGCUGAAAUAAACGCCUUACUUGAGACCCAGAAAUUACUCACAGAUUUGCAAUGGUUGCGACCCAUGGUGGGAAUUCCCAGUGAACUCCUAGAUAAGCUACGGCCUCUUCUUAAAGGUAUACACCCUACAUCACCCGUGACUGUUACUGAGAAUCAAAGGGCAGCUUUAAACCAAAUUAUGGACUGUGUCACUACUGCAAGCAUACACAGACGAGAUCCAGAACUGCCAAUAAAUCUCACAAUAUGAGGAUGCAGUGAUUGCAAGGAGAGCACUGAGUGUGCUAGAAAACCUAGUGAUGGACAGAGACUUAAUGGUUGAGAAGUUGCCACGAGACCUGUACACCCAACAGAAACUGGAAAUUCUGACAGCCCUCAGAAAGCUUAGUGAGAAGGCGAGUCAUGUAAAAACAUUUUCAUGUGAGAACAGAAAAUGGCUUCAAGAAGAAAAACAAAAACCAGUAAACUAAAACAAAAUUUGGAGGAGCAGUUAGACAGAUUAAUGCAACAGCUUCAAGAUCUGAAAGAAUGCAGAGAGGAGCUGGAUGCAGAUGAGUACGAAGUGACCAAAAAGAAAACUCUAGAGCAGCUGAGUGAGUUCAAUGACUCCCUGAAGAAGAUUAUGUCUGAAGAUAUGACUUUGGUGGACGAGCUCAGUGGGAUGCAACUGGCAAUACAAGCAGCCAUCAGCCAAGCAUUUAAAACUCCAGAAGUGAUCAGGAUGUUUGCAAAGAAGCAGCCUAGGCAAUUGAGGACAAGACUGGCAGAGGUGAAGGCUUCUGUUUUGCUGCAAAACCUGCUUAUUUGRGCCAGACUAAUUCAGUGURGAGAAAAAUAUUUSCUAGGAGCGCUAACACAAYGACAACAAAAGAAAACAGGGGAGAUAAGGGGACUGGAAUGGUUGUUCCCCCCAUUACAGCCAAAACACUCUUCCAAAAAAUCGAAAUGUUAGCUGAACUGAUAAAGAAAAGCAGGGAAAGAGCA